AAUUCAACGUGAGUUUUAUGAUAUAGUUAGUCUAUUUUGCAGCUUAGUUUAUAUCUGCAGUAUAAUUUGCGGAGCUCUUACAUGGUUUGAGUUUGAAAUGCGAGCAUAGUCCUGAAGUCCCUGCGUGUUAUAAAAUCAUUAGAGGCCCUUAGUUCAUACCAUAUUAUUGUUUCGAUUCUAUUUGCUACAGACUUUGAGAGUUGAGGUGACAUAGCACCCUACUGUAACGGGAGUUCUUAGUUAUUGUGAGGCUUGGUUCAAAACAUUUGCAAAACCUUGUCUUGUACUAUCAAAGACAACGUUAGCUUUGCGCAUUCUGUAAACUGAGUUGGAUUUACCGAAGAAAACGCAAAAACUAGAUUUGGGCUUGAUUUAUAAUCCUGUGAUUUACGAGGCUUAUAAAUUGAAUCAUGAUGUCCGUUUCAUUUGCAUAAUUCUCGCUGUAGGAUCAAAAUCUGUGUAUAGGCAGGCGGUCCUUAGAUUUGAUUAGAUUGAUAAUUAAAUAAUCUGCGUCUUCAUUAUCGUAACGAUCCGGUUAUUAAUCAUUGCUUGAUAUUUGUACAAUUAUCCGUUAAUAUUAAUUGCAGACAAAAUAAUGGUGCCUGACCAGGGCAACAUAGACGUGGAGGUGACCUACUUCAGGUCCAACCAGGACUUCCUGGAAAACCCAGACAUGCCCAUGGAGCUUAAGAUGAGCUUCCUCUUUCCUAGAAACACUACACUAGGAGACGUCCGACUGAAGAUAGCUAGAACUAUGAAGCAGCGCCACGACGAAGUGGAACGUUUCGGGUUGUUUGUGCCGAAGCAGCUGGAAAUCAGUGAUCUCCCUCCGAAUAGAAAUGAAGGAAUAUGGUACGAUUCCAGCCGAGACAUUGAGAAACUAGGUAGCCUCGUCGCAGGUCCAUCUGUCACAAACCUACAAUUGGAAUACCGAAGCUUGUACAGGACGAUCACAAUCAAUCUUCCUUCUGGACACCGGAAGAUAGACGUAAAAGAGACCCAGAAAGUAUCCGAAAUAGUUCGGUUGGUAUGUCAGAAGGAAGGAAUAGUGGGAGACAUUGUAGAUGAGUACUCUAUCAUGGUGGAGCCAGAGACCGGACUGGGUGACCAGACCAUGAUGACCGGAAUGGGAACUAAGACAUGGGGUGCGACACUGACAAUGGGUAAAAAUAAAACGAUGGGCCAUGGUACCCUAUCGCCGGAUGUCAAGGGGUCGCCUGGAGGAGAAAAAGCACAUGCGACAAUUGGGCGAAAUGCGAAGAAAAUGGAGAAAUUGAGGAAGAAGUUGAAGACAGAUGAUGAGUUGUUGUGGCUGGACCACUCGAAAAGUCUGCAUGACCAUGGCAACAUUGACCUGGACAAUGUGAAGUUGACCUUCAGGAGGAAGUUUUUCUUCUCGGAUGUGAAUGUGACUGAAACAGACCCUGUGCAAUUGUCUCUGCUGUACAAACAGACUUCAGAAGCUAUCACCAACUCGGCCCAUCCAGUAUCUGAAGAGACAGCAAUCGAACUAGCCGCUUUAGCAGCUAUCAGUGAGAACGGUUUACUGGAGGCACCUGUGAAAGAAAUGAGCGCCCAAUUCAAAUCAUACCUUCCGGAGGAGUAUCGAAAAGCCAGCAAAGUGGAGAAGAGAAUAGACCAGGCGAGAAUGAACUACAUUAAACAGAUCACCGCUGAAAUUGAGUACAGCGAUGGUAAUGCUCAGAUCAACCAAAAUGACCCGGAGUUCCUGGAGAAGGUGGAGCGAAAAGCGACCAAGAAGUACAUUGAUAAGUGUCGGGCUUUGAAGACGUUCGGGUACCGGUUUUACCUUGUGAAGGAGAAGAUGAAGAACAAGAAUAAACUGGUUCCAGUGUUGCUGGGAAUCAACAAGGAUGGAAUCGUAACUGCAGAUGCGGUGAAUAAGGAGGUGACCAAGAUGUUUUACCUGACUCAGAUCAAACAGCACUUCUGCACUGAUGCCUCUUUCCACAUAUCUCUGCCGGGAUAUCAGGCUGAAGACUACGUGGUACAGACUACAGAGGGGAAGCAGAUAGUGAAGCUGUUGGAGGGAUACAUUGAGAUCCACUUGCAAAAAAUGCGAAAACGCGAAAGAAUGAACAACCAAAAUACAGAAAACACAAUACAAGAAGAAAACAUCGACUCUAAGCAGGCACAGACGUUCCAAAUUGGAGGCGACAUCUCAAGUACCCGAGGGGGGAGCUACAAUGGCUCUGCUGCCAUGCCUCAAGUGUUGAGACAUGGCGACGCGAGACAAGUGACAAUUAACCGAAUCGACUGGGGAGCGAAGAAGGCUAAGGUCGGCAACUACUUCGACGAGGGUGUCAGAAGGGUGGCAGAGGUUGAGGACGACCUUUUGGAAUCACAAAGAGGGUAUCUGCUCUCAAAUGAUGCAGGAGAUAUGAAUGCAGCGAUGGCUGGCCUGAGAGCGAAUGAGUAUUUGAGCAACAUUACUCACUUGGCGGUUCAGAUGUUGGUGCCAGAAAAUGAGAACCAACUGCAAUACUCGCUUUCGACAGUCUCAAAAGACCUGAAGGCCUUCUCAGAGGCUAUCAAAAUUCUGGCCUCGCAGUUGGAAGAGCCACAUAAAAGAAAUUUGAUUGACAGCGCGGUAGAUUUGACAAACGCAUUUGGAGAUUUGCUGAAGUUGGCUCAUCCGGGAAGUGAAGCGUCGGCCGAAGAGUUGCACAAUGCCGCACAGAAUAUAGCAACGAAGGCGCAGAAUAUUGUCGACCAGCUAGAUCAGUUUAUUGUGAUUGGAUCGGGCGCUGCCAACAGUCAGGCGUUGUUGGAGUUGGUACAAGAAGUGCUCAGCAAAGUGGAAGCACUGACAAACAAAGCUGGAGAAAUUGCAUUCACUAGUGGCGUAGAACAAAAAUCACAAGAACAGAUCAUGCUCAGCAAAGGCAGCUUAGAAGGAGCGUCCCUGAACCUAAAGAGUGUAGCUCACUUACUGGCACCAGUUGCUGCUAAUGAUCCAGUGAGCAAACAGCAGUUGUCAAGGGCUACAGACACAGUUGUCCAGAGGGUAAAGGACGUGGUUAACAAUGUUCAACCAAAUUGUCCAGACACCGACACUGUAAACGAAGUCCUGGGAUUGUCUCACCAGUUGCACACUGAUUUGGGCAACUUGGGUAGCUUCAUUCACACUUUGGGCACCGGAGACCAGAGCAAUGCUUCGAGCCAGUUUAGUCAGAUUAAUGCCUUGAUGCAGAAAGUCAGGUAUAACAUGGACAAGCAAGACCAAGACGCGACUGUUAAUGCUCUUAAGCAUUUGAUGGUGUCGUGCAACUAUCUGAUUAAGCAAGCCAAGACAGAUGCCUCUGAUCCGAAUGUAGACAAAGAUCAGAGAGAUUCAAUUGUGAUGGCGGCCCAAGGUCUCGCUGGAUCGAUGAGGACUCUAUUGCAAGACAUCAAGACGUACCAGAGUGACGGAGGAAAACCGCUUUCGAGAGAAGAAGUAACUGCUAUUUUGAAGGGAGUUCAAAAUCAAGUAAAUGAAUUGUGCAAGGAGGAUGCCAUGAGAGACGUGUUCAUGAAAUUAGAGCUGCUUGUGUGGCAAUCGUGCGUGGUCGGCAAUAAAACACAAGAGGCAGCACUGAUGAGCUGCAGUCAAGGCGAUGCCCUUAUCAACCACAACGAGACUAGACAUAAGUUGGGUCUGAACUCACAGAGAGUGAACCAGUUCAUGGUGCCUCUUCUGGAAGCUCUAAGGGAGCAGAGACAAACCAACUCCAGGGACACACAGUGCAGACUAAUCAACUGCUCCAGAGACUAUCUAGAACCUGGAAGUGAUCUUGUGAAGGCGUGUCAAUUGGCGCUAGCUUACAUGCAGCCAUCAAUGGGUGCCGGGGACGCAGAAGGCCAGGCCGGAUCUACCAUGUCACAACAUUUAGGUCAAUGUGCUAGCCUCUUCUCAACAUCUUUGCAAGCACUGCAGGAAAUUUUGCUCUUAGCUGCAGAUUUGUGCGGAAAUUACGAGCUGGACAAUGCAAUUAUUGUGGCUGAUGAUUGUGUCAAGUUGCUCAAGGACACUGCACAACUGGCGACUGAGAACGGACUGAGGCCGUCUGAAGGGACUCAGAUGGCGGAUAAACAGAAGCUAGCUUUGGAGGCAAACCAGGCAUGUGUUGAUAUCAACGAGAGCUUCGCAGAACUUCUGAAAAAUUUGGCCAAUGGGAAUGCACGAGGAUGUAACCAAUCAGCACGCGCCAUUUCUCAGAAAUUUGAGCAGUUUGCAACUGACUGCCGACGUGUGGCGUCUUUGCUUGACUCACGUGAUGAGCAGCUUGCGUUGAUUCAGUCUGCACAGAAUUUGAUCUACGAAGGAAAACUGACUCUGCAAGAAAUUCAGCAUGUAAUGGAGAGGGGCGAAGGAUACCUCAACAAUGUCCAGAAGAAAGUUGCAGAUCUUGACGGAGCAAUCCAAAUGUUCGUCAGCACACUACCUGGUCAGAAGGAGUUCCAGAUCUGCUCAGAUAUUGUCAACGAAUGUAAUCAUAACAUCCAGAAGAGUCCCUCGUAUGAAGGACCCUUCAACACUUCCUUCAGCUCAAUUAACGAGCUCCAAGGCAACUUGCACUCAGUCUCGGGUGCCUUCAGUGAUGAGAUCAAUCUGUUAGUUCACUCUUGCACAAAGAACCCAGAAGCCCUUCCAAGUAGUGCACUUCAGACCGCCAAGAACCUGCACCAGUUUGUUCUCAUUUCUCUGGACUUCUAUCUCUCGUCCAAGGAUAGAAACGCAGUGGAACCUCAGAAGAUGCUGCAGGUUCUGGACAAACUGGUCUACAGCAGUUCUAUACUUAUGGAUACUUCCAGACAAGUGUUCGCAGCAUCAGGAGCCUCAAAUGCGGCGGAUACUAGUGGUCAGUUGCACCCUAAGUUGAGUGCAUCGGCUAGGGCAGUUGUGACUGGAAUCAAUGCGAUGAUGGAACUGGUGUUGCAGAGCUCGCCUGGACUGAAGCACUGCGACAGUGCAAUUAGGAACAUUGAGUUGGUGUCCAAGAUGUUACAAAAUCCGAACCGACCAAUAAACAACAGGAGUUACUUCGAAAACUUCGAGAAUGUGAUGGAGCAGUCGCGUGCAUUGGGAACCAACAUGUCACAGCUGACUUUCGAUGCAAAGGGAGGCGACUUAGACCAAUUUGGCGAAAGCGUAGAUGGCACUUGUCAAUCUAUCUGUCAACUGAUGGAAGGCGCCGCCCAAAUUGCAUACCUAGUAGGUGCCUCAGAUGAACGAAGCAGACCGGGGAAAAAGGCGUUAGUUGAUCAAGAGCAUCUGGAAGCUUUACGAGAUGAGUACUUGGCCGCAUGGAAAAGAGUUUUCUCACCUGACCUUAACCGUCAAGAACUAACACAAGCCGCUUCCGCAUUGGCCCAAUCAACUCGAGAUUUGAUAGGUUUUUGCAAAGUGUCAUCGACUGCCUGUAGUGCGAACCCUCCGAUCAGCGAUAAGUUCAAGAAUUUUGGACAGAAAACUGCAAUGGCCACUAAAAGUGCGUUAGAUGGUCUGAAGUCCGGAGAAGCUCCAAGACCGGAAGUUUACUCCCAACUUGAAGCGUCUUUCGCUGACUUGAUCAGGCUGUCAGCGUCGAAGGAAUUAGCAGGUGAACCUGCAAUAUUGAGCGAAGAGGGCAAGAUGCUCCAGCAGCCGAUCAUUCGAGCAGGAGAGUAUGUGAAAGUGGCCUCACUCCAUCUGGUCAAUUCGGCCAAAGGACUCUGUGAAAGUGGCUCUGCUGAGAACUGGCCCCAGAUUGCAGAUGGAGCUAGUGAGGUAACUCAGGCAGUUGAGACCCUGCUGGCUGAAGUGAGGGCCAAUGCACCCUGGCAGAAGCACUGUGAGACCACCCUGAGUCUGCUGGAGCAGAUGUUUGCCAAUUUCAUCAACGAAAUGCGAGAGAAAAGAGGUAGCGAGGGUGGAGCAAAGUCAGCUCAGGACUACCAAUUCGACAAUAUUGAGACGGUUUCGGCCCAUCUACUGGAAGUGAUUGACCAAUUGAACUCACUCUCACGUGAGAUGAGGUCCGCAAUUCUGGACAGACAAGUGGAGCGCAUAGGUCACAUUUCCCAGUCGAUGGUGCAGAACUACAUGGUGCAACUGUUGCACCAUAGCAAACAAUUCCUCGCCUGUAUCAGUGGAGAGAGUGACAGGAUGAACUUCGAGCAGCAUCUCUUGACUGUUUAUGAAGCAGCGAGAGCCGAGAUUGAUAACGCCAAGUCGUACUCAGUGUCGCCACAGUCGGACAAGAAACAGCUGUUCGAUCAGAGUGCUGUUGACUUUGAGCAGUCACUGGUGGAGUUGAGAGAAUGUGCGGACAGUUUGGCUAGUCGAUUCGGAUCCAUCGGAACCCUCCUGGCAGAUUUGGAGGAAACUCUGGCCUCUCCAGAAUUAGUUCAACUCACGCAAGCCGACACUGGAAAGACCAUGAAACAGAUUAUCGAAGAGUUGCAGGCAUACGUGGAUGCUUUUUCCAGAACCAGUUCUGACAUGACACCAGCAUCAGAUACGCAAGUGGAGCGACUUGGACCCCUUUGCAAGGACUUAGUAGACAGCUACUUGGCUGUUCUCAAGAGAUCCAAUGCCAUUGGGAAUAUGAGAGGUGACCAAGAUGACGUGGUGAAAGCUCUCCAGAAUGAGAUACGCAUGCUCGGAGUUCAUUGCAAAGAGCGAGUCGUGCUUUCCGAGGUGAUCCUUAAAUCCCCUUAUGACCGACACGCAAAGCAGGAGUUCCACAGCAACUCAAACGUCAUCCGAGAAACCAUUAAGAACAUAAUAAUUUUAAUCGAACAGCUCUGGACAGGGGUUAAGAGUUGUGACGAGGCCAUUAGAACCAUUACAGCUAUUAUUGGGGAUCCGUCGUUUGCAAUUUUGUUCACAAUCGGAGGAGUCCAUACCCCGGCUGUGAGUUCAGACGUUGAUGAAGCACAUGGAGGCAUUGGAGAGCAUACGCCCAUGAUUAAGAAGGCAAUCGAGGCACUGAAAAAAGACACCUAUGCGAUGUUGCAGAGCGCGACUGACAGACAAGACAUGCUGGCUGUGACUGCGCCUGCUACUGCUAGAAGCUUAGAUGCGUUGAAGGGUUGUGUGACGGAUGGAGUGAAGAGUCUGGGCGAAGACCAAGGACCCACGAAGGAUGUUCUUCUGGGAGCUGUGCGAGAAGUUGCGAACUCUCUUAGUGGAGUUAUUGAGGCCACCCGAAACCACUGUGUAGAUGGAACCCAGCCUCUCACAAAACACGUCAAGAUACCCUCUGAGAAAUGGGCGACUGCGUGUAUCCAGUUGCAGAACAUGGUGUGUGACAUUGAGGACAAACAUGACUUAGUCUCCGAAUCACUCCAGUCAUGCAUAGCCGUGCUAGAGGAGGAACUCAUGAAACUAGCCGUGAACAAAAACUUGAUCAAGUCCCAUCCGUCUGCCUUGAGCGAUUCCACAGACACAAUCCACAUCCUGGCCUCUGGAAUUGUAUCUUCAGUUAGAACCAGAAAUCUCAACCAGCUACUGGACUAUGCCACCAGAGGCAGGGAGACACUCAUCGAAAUGCUCAAAGUGUCCAGGAGUUUGGCGUUCAGUCUUCCAUCAGAGUCAUCUCAGCAGAAGGACCUGUUCAAUUCGGCGAAGGGCUGCACCAAGUCAUUCAUGCAACUCCUCGAGUUCCUCAAGGUUGAGGUUGAGAACGGUUUCGCAGGAGACAAGGCAAGCUUCAAGUCAAUGACAGAAAUCACGCGAAACUUGAGCAAGGAGGUAACGAGAUUGCAGAACAUUGGAAAUUCUCUUGAAAAAGAGGAGCAUAAUGUGAAAGCGGCAGAAUCGUUAGACAGCACAGCUGCUCAGUUGUCGAGAGAGGUUGAUAAGUUUACGAAGCUGAGGCCGAGCAAGCCUCUUGUGGCGCAGAUGACGACCACAGGGGCGAAGGCAGUAGAGAAUAAGGAGAUGGAGAAACAGAUUGAGUUCUCCGACGCUGUUUGGGGUUCCUCGACCGACAUUGCAAGAGCGGUGCUGACUUUGAUUCGAGCGGCCACGGAGGCACAGGCGGCGAUCGAUGCCACGUAUAAGGGACACGGACACGCACCCGAAUGCUCUGGACACAAAGAUUCCUGCUUCUGUGACUCAAUCUUCGCUAUAAAAAGAUCAUCAGGAGCUUCCACCACGCUGAACAACACGAGGAAGACGGAGAAGUACCACAAAGAUGCACAAUGGUCUGAGGGACUCGUGUCAGCGGCGAAGGAGGUGGAGAUCGCGACUCACCAUCUGGUAAGAGGAGCCAAUGACGUCAUGCAAGGCCACGGACAAGAGGAGACUCUGAUCAGUGCGAGUAAACAAGUGGUGGCCAAAACUACUGCACUUGUGUAUGCAUGCAAGUCUAAGACACAGCUGGGCGACACUGUUGAAACAAACCUAAAUCGUGCGAGUGACAAUGUGAAGAAAGCGUCUGCUGCCCUGGUCAAGGACGCCAGUGAGUUUAUUGAACAAAAGCCAGUUCAAGAUCUAGAACUUCCGGCUGGCAAGGUGCAGGCAAUGGCUGCUGAGAUCAAACUGCGAGAAGCGCUGGACAAGCGAAGGCGCGAAUUGGAAGCGGCGAGAGAAGCUUUUGAGAAGUACCAAAGAGCGAGGUACGAUAGAGAUGCUGCUACUGCCUCUGCAUCCUAAUGACAAAUUAAUUAGUACUGCAUCCUUCCUGAAGAAUAGAGGCUGGGACAGUAAAGAACUGGGAAAAUAGCAUAAGCGAUGAUGUUGAGCAUUGGGUUUGAUCAUGUUGUUGGGACUCAUUUGUUUUCUAUUUUGUAUUUUCUGCGCUACAAAUUGCCGACUGAUUUUGGUUAUCUUUUUAAUAAUGUGGAUGCUUUAAAUUUAGUUAAUGUUUGUUUGCUUGCCUCCCUACUGUAAUUUGCUUUUUGUCGAAGCUCACGAGAAUAAGUAUCACUUCUAUCGCACAAACUAACUGGAAUUUUGAACUAAUAAUAAAUAAAGUAGAUCUUAAUUUUCUCGCCCUUCACUUUAAACUUGUAAGUAGCAAUUAUCCUGUAAUUCAUUAAUUUGUGAUCUAUAGAAAAAACAUGAACAUAGUCUUAUUUCGGAUACCUUGAUUCUCAUAUUUCAUUGUAUGCAAUCUUAUUUGAAGCGUUUUUUAAUCAAAAAAGUAAUUUAAAUUUCUGUUGUUCCGUUUUCAAA